ACUUUACGAUCGGUCGUGGGACUUGUCGCGCAGUAUUUUCGUCUCUCCGCGGUCCUCGGCGCUUUCUCUCGGUGACGUUCCAUCGGGAUUUCUCGCAGGCGCGUUCUCACGCUCGUCUCUUGCCGGCCGAUGAUCACGGCGUUCCCAUUGUAGCCCUCAUCCCUGCGAAAAUACGUGAUGCUGCUGACCGAGACCCACGUCCGAGCCUCGCCAUCUUUGUCCGUCAUCGCGGGAACGGUCUGCAGACACGGGACCUCGAUGCUCGCUGUCGAGCGUUCUCGAACACUCGUCGCGUGAGAACUGUCGCAAGGGUUCCUUCACCGAGAACGCGGUAUCGUUCCCGCGUCGAUUUCGCCCAGGGAUCGACCGUCUCGCGCGCAUCCCCGGCGUCCCGGAGCGUUCGAUCUGCGAGAGAAAGAGACCGGUUUCUGCGGCCAGAGAGCCCCUAAGGAUAUCCUCCGGACAUUUCGAGGACCUUCUCCGGGACAUCCCGGCGACAUCCUUGACCCACGUGCCGCCGGUGGGAUGUUACAGUGAGCGAGCCGGCGACAACGUUGCAGGAUUACUCGCAAGAUAAAAAGAUCGAGAACAUCGGCAGAAUGACAGCGAUGACGCAGGAGGAAAUCGUGGCCGGAGCGCGGACGGUCGCUCAGGGCCUGGAGGCUCUGCGAGUUGAGCACGGCGGUCUGUUACAAGGCCUGCAGUCUCAGGACUCACCAGCCGCCCGAGACAAAGCCAGUUUGCUGUCCAAGAUCAUUGAAAUGAUCGACAUGGGUCUGGGUGAGGCGCAGGUGAUGCAGACACUGGCAAGCCAUCUGCAAAUGGUGGAGGCGGAGAAACAGAAGCUGAGGACACAAGUGAAGAGGCUCUGUCAGGAAAACGCCUGGCUCAGGGACGAACUAGCCAGCACUCAGCAAAAGCUGCAAGCGAGCGAGCAAGCUGUUGCGGGAUUGGAAGAGGAAAAGAGACAUCUAGAUUUCAUGGCCAGUAUGCGACAAUACGAUCCAGAUCCGUCCACGGAGGAUGAAAACGCUAAGGACCGACCGAAGGACGAUCCUGUAGUGGACCUUUUCCCCGACGAUGACGCGGACGAUCGCAAUAGCAAAUCCAUAUCUCCGACUCCGCCAUCGCAGUUCGCGCAGCAAGUGAACGCCGGCUACGAGAUACCAGCACGUCUGCGCACGCUGCACAACCUGGUAAUCCAGUAUGCGAGUCAGGGCCGCUACGAGGUAGCGGUCCCCCUAUGCAAGCAAGCCCUCGAAGAUCUGGAGAAGACUUCCGGUCACGAUCACCCCGACGUGGCGACCAUGCUAAACAUUCUCGCUCUCGUGUAUCGAGAUCAGAACAAGUAUAAAGAGGCCGCGAAUCUCCUGAACGACGCUCUAGCCAUCCGGGAGAAGACGCUGGGUGAGAAUCAUCCGGCGGUGGCGGCGACGCUGAACAAUCUCGCGGUGCUGUACGGGAAACGGGGCAAGUACAAGGAGGCUGAACCCCUGUGCAAGCGGGCGCUGGAGAUUCGCGAGAAGGUGCUUGGCCGCGACCACCCGGACGUGGCGAAACAGCUGAACAACUUAGCGUUACUAUGCCAGAACCAGGGCAAGUACGAGGAGGUCGAGCGCUACUAUCAGCGCGCGCUUGAAAUCUACGAGGCCAAGCUGGGCCCGGACGAUCCGAAUGUCGCGAAAACGAAAAACAAUCUGGCGUCUUGUUACCUGAAACAGGGCAAGUACAAGGAUGCCGAGGUGCUGUACAAACAAGUGCUCACCAGAGCGCACGAGAGGGAAUUUGGUGCCAUCGAUGGCGACAACAAGCCGAUCUGGCAGGUGGCUGAAGAGAGAGAGGAGAACAAGCAUAGGAACAAGGAGAACACACCGUACGGUGAAUAUGGCGGUUGGCACAAAGCCGCGAAAGUCGACUCGCCUACUGUCACCACUACCCUAAAGAAUCUCGGUGCGCUCUACCGAAGACAGGGCAAGUAUGAGGCCGCGGAAACGCUCGAGGAUUGCGCCAUGAGGUCCCGAAGAGAGCACGUGCAGCAAGCUCUGGACCUGGUGAACAAGGCGCGAGUGGCACAACUGCUGGGCGACGAGAAGAGCUCGACCAGACGCGGCUCGCGGUCUAGCCUGGCCAAUAGCGAGCACGAGCAGAGCCACGAAGAGGCGAACAGCUCGUUGCCGCUGGUGCAAAGGGCGCUACACGAGGGACAGUCGACGGCGGGCAGCGGCCAACACCACGACGCUAGUCCUAACAAACCCGGUUUUAAAAACAAGAUCUUCCAAGCUUUCGGUAUUCACUCGUCGUCCACGUAGGUUAGGCAAACUUCGCGUUUCUCGUUAGCUGGUACUCCGUUUAUAGCCAAUCACAGUUAGGUCUGUUCUCUUCAACUGCGCCUCCUGUAAUUCUUCACGAUUUUCAUUCUCUCUUUCCCUUCUCCUUAACCCUUAAUAUUAUUAUACCUGUUCAUAUACCUGUCUCUAUUUCGAGCGCAACAAGCGUACGCAACAGCACAAUGCAGUUGAAGAGAGCAGGUCUAUUUUAAUGCGCUUCGUUGACGAGAUUUCUUAAUACGAGAUCAUUGGAUGAUAGAUAUGCUGUCUAGAGUAAACAGGUUCGGAAAACAGAUAUUUUAAAGUACGUCUUCAAAUCUGGCACGUCAGGAAACCAUUUUGUAUCAGUCAAAAUUGAUUUCCUGAUGUUUCUUGGCUCCGUAAGAUAGGAGAAAGACGCGUUAAAGUAUCGCAAUUAAAUCAGACGAUUAAAGCAAAAUAAUAAUACAAGAAGUAUUUUGGAAGUUCUGGCUUCUAAAAUCCCUCAGCUAGUUUAUGAGAGCCUAUUCGAAUUAUACGAAAUGACUAGUGAUAGUUACUUUUUUUAUAUACAUUAAGAGAAUGUUGAAAAGUAAUUGAAAGUCAGACGUGAAAAUAAUAAAGAUUAUAUUAUAGGGUGGCGCGCAAACGUGGUGCCACGGUGAUACACAAAUGUCUAGACAUAACGUAUGAUGCGUGUGUCCCGAGUAUAAGCCUGAGAACGCGUCUAAUUCAUGUGAUAAGGCAUAUGUAAUGCCUAAUAUGAGUGGUUUCUCUGAAUCCAUAUUUAUAAAAUUAUUAUUCUGCUAAAGAGAGAAGGCCCCCUCGAAUCAAUAACGAUACAACAGUUUAUUUUGAGAAUUCUAUUUAUUCAUGAUAGUUUAUCUUUCAUGAUAUCUUUUUUCGUACAUGUUUUAUCGCUUUUUUUACAGUAGAAUUGGAAGAUAACGGAAUUGGCAGUAUAUUGACUCAAAUACUGAUUGUACAUGUAAAAAUCAUGUAUUAUAUUCAAAAUACGUUCUUUCAGCGUUAGUCGGUUGAUGGAAAUAACAACACACUCGUGCACAGACUUUUGAAAAUCUGUUUUUGGAUGUUUGAAAGUUGCUCAACGCUCCAUUGACGCCAAAAGAACAUUUUGAAUAAAAUGAAGAAUUUUUAUACACAGUAUUUCAGUAUUUGAAUUGAUAUUCUGCCAGUCCCAUUAUUUUUCGAGCAUACUGUAUACUUUUAAAAGUAUUUGUCAUUUAUUUCGAUUAGUUUCUUAAACGGUAAAGGCUUUAGCACUCUUAACAAUUACUUUUUUUUAUGAUAAAAUAUUUUCCGAUUUUGUGAUAAUAAUGUUAUAGCAUAGACAUAGUAAGAAUAGACCGAGUGUGAGGCGCGAAAACUGAAGAUCAGAAAGAGAGAGAAAGUAGAUGCCGUCUAUCUCUUUCUACACUCUUUCUUACACUCCACUAUUUUUUUGUCAGAGAGAGAUAGCUACACGGUAUCUGCUUUCUGUCCUUUUCUACCUGAUCUUCACUGCCAAGUAGAGAACACGCUCGGUCUAUUCUUGUCCAUGUCUAUACGUUAUAGCAAUACUGUCUUGUUACUUCGCGAUCUGAGCAGAAAGGAGAGGGCUUUCCGUAUUUUGUUUAGAUUUCCUUUUAUUUUGCAAUUGAACGACAACAAAACGGAGGUGCUUAGUAUGACAAUUUUCUGCAUUCACAAGUACAGUUAUUGUAAGUUUUCUAUUGAAAUUUCUUUUUAUGUACUUUUAUCGUAUGUAUCUAUCAUCAUUCAGGUUGUAAACCACUGUUUCGAUUGUGGAGCACUUUGUAUAAAUUGCAUUUACACGUGGUGUACUAAACUUCCAGAUAGAUAUCUAUUCACGUGAAGAAACUGCAACAAUCGAACGUAUGUUCAACACCUUGCUUUUAGCUGCGAUAAAGCGUGAAAGCGUUACAAGCCUAAAUAACAAUCCUUACAUAGAACAUUUUAUUAAAAAAAAGAUAUUUAAUAGGAAAAUAUCAUACGUAGAACGCGAUUGUAUUUCUUUUUAUAUGUAAAUUUUAUAAUUUUUAUUUAUAGAGUUUGAUGAAACAGUUUUUGGUUGCUUUUUUUCUGCUGAACAUAUUUAUUCUUUUCUUCGCCUUUUGCACUAAAAUUUCACAAAAUGACGCACAUAGGGUAAAGGUGCCUAAUAUGAGACAGUUUCUAAUAUGAAACCCCAAGCUAUUUUACAAACGCAACCACUUUUUUCUAAAUACGUUACUGCCUCACAUUGGUAACGGAUGAUCGUCGAACGUUUUGUUAGUGACAGCUGCGUAGCGCAUGUGAACCAAUGAUGCCGGUUUAAGAGCUCCGGCAAGUUAGCCGGGCAACUUUUACUUUUUAAAUUUUUUUUAUGAAUCGUUUGUUGGUCGUAAAAAAUAAAAUACAUAUUGCAGCGGUUAAUGCACUUUACUGGUGAAACUUGAAUUUUUUAUCUUCAGGAACACGUAAAGGUAAAAGUUACAAUUAAAGAAAACAUAAGCUUUCAAAAAAAGGUAUCUCAUAAUAGGCACCUUUACCCUAUCAUUCAAAAGCAUUAUCGUGCAAAUAGGAGCUUUGCUUAACUAUACAGCGCAAUAUAGAUUUGCAAAGACGAUGUAAUUUCUCGGAAAUACCGAAGGUUGAUUAACAAUCAGAAAGGUUUAAGUGAAUUACACAAAUGAAGAAAGAAAUAUAGUUUAUAUGAAAAAUAUCGUUGUAAGUAUCGAGUAUGUAUUUUUGGUUGGCAAAAAUAAGAGUCUUAUCACACACACACACACACACACACACAAAGCGACAUUCGUAUAGUUCGAUAACAAUUUUCAAUGUAUUUACUUUUCAACGCAUUUUCUUUUCGAUUCGUAUUCAUAAUAUACUUACAACAUAUAUAUUUAUUACUGUUCGAUACUAUUUAAAGAAAGAUCGAAAUACAUAGAAACUGUAUUCCGAUACUUAAUUACAUAAAGAUUAGAAUUGUAUGUGAGAAUUGUUGACAAUGUAUUCUGAAUUUCAUUCGAUUUGUCGUAAGAAGUAUACGCACAGUCUAAUGCGUGCUCUCGUUACGAAUAUUAUGAUUGAGUUAGAAAGAAAUAUGCAAAAUUGCAAAAAUUCCAUGCGUGGCUUUUAGCGGUAUCUUACUCGCGAUUUAUAGUGCAAUUUGGAUACAAAAUUACAACGGUUCCCAAAGUUACGGUGUCGAGUAUUCUCGAAGAUGUAUUUUAUCAGUAGUGAUAGAGAUAUAUUUAUACGACUGUACAGAGAAGAAUAUAUAUACUGCGAAUAUAAUUCACAAGUACAUAUCCAAUAUAUUUGUAAAAUUUAAAAUUGCAAUUUGAGAGAAUGUGCUUUAUAAUAAGUUAAGAAAAUGAGGAGCAGUGUCUCUCGUAAGAGAUAUCGCAAUGGUGCAUGUAAAAAACAGAAAAUAGAUUAGUGCUUGUUGAAUUUCGAAUUGCGAAGCGUCGAGUAUAUAUUUUCGAAAAUGGAAAAGAUAUGAGUCUUAUAUAUUAUAUAAAACGACGUUCUUAAUAUCCUGUUUUUAGGUGAGAUAACUUGUUAUAUUAUGAAUUAAUAAGUAUUUUAUUCUCCACGAGAAAAAUUAUAAUGACACAGACUUAAUAAUGAUAAAUAUUAUGAUGAAGAGGUAGUGCCUUGAGACUAAUAAAUGAUAAAUAAAUUAUUUUCAACAACAAA